GUCCUGUAGGCCUACAUGCCGCGGGGUCAGGGGAAAGUGAAGGGAGCAGAUCAGUGUGACGCCGCUGCUCUGCUCAACCUGAUCAACUACUGUGAUUGUUUCCGGUCUGUGGAUCCAAAAUUUGUGAGAGAGGUGAUCCGUUUCAGGAACGAGUUGCUGCAUUCCUGUGAGUUUCGUGUGAAGGAUGAAUGGAUGAGACACUACCAGACCACUGUGAAAAAGCUCGUGCAGCAGUUCAGCCACGUACCACAGAUGGCCACAGUCGGACAACAGAUCGAGGAGAUGCUGACCGUUGAUCUGUCAAUAUGUGUCUCUGGUUUGGACCGAAUGGAUUCUGCUGACCUGGAUGGAAUAGAGUCUGAUUUCGUUAGCCAAUGGGAGACCAGCGCCGACUUAAUCAGCCAAUGGGAGGCUGAGUUGCUACAAGAGAGGCUGCAGGAGUUACUGGUUGCUGCUGAAGAUGAUCCAAAGACACAGGACACUGAGCAGCUGAAGAGGCUGGGUGGUUUCCUGCAGGCCAACAGAGAUCUGGGCGAGAGGUUUUCUGCAGAGCUCCAAGCCAUCGACUCACUGGAGGCCAGAGGUUGAGGAGGGGGGAGAGGCGAAAAGGAGAACGAGGAGCAUUGGAGUUGUGACAGAUCGUAUGUGCAUGUGUAGUAUGCCAUUGAAAAUGUAAAUUUUAAAAAAUCUGAAAAAAAA